CAGGGGGUACAGGGCCAGCCCUACCGAGAGCGCGCCGGUCGCAAGAUGGCUGCGGCCAUGCGAGGCUUUGCUGUGUGUGCGCAGGGGACGGCUGAGCGGCCCGGACGGCAGGGACAGCGACGACAUUAGCUCAUCCCCCAGCCACUCUUCUAGAACGCCAUCCCAGCCUCCGCCAGCUUCGUCCGAGAUGGAUCUGGCUGUGGGCCCCGGUGCAGCGGGGCCCAGCAACGUCCCGGCCUUCCUAACCAAGCUAUGGACCCUCGUGAGCGACCCGGACACCGACGCGCUCAUCUGCUGGAGCCCGAGUGGGAACAGCUUCCACGUGUUUGACCAGGGCCAGUUUGCCAAGGAGGUGCUGCCCAAGUACUUCAAGCACAACAACAUGGCCAGCUUCGUGCGGCAGCUCAACAUGUAUGGCUUCCGAAAAGUAGUCCACAUUGAGCAGGGUGGCCUGGUCAAGCCUGAGAGGGAUGACACCGAGUUCCAGCAUCCAUGUUUCCUGCGUGGCCAGGAACAGCUCCUUGAGAACAUCAAGAGGAAAGUGACCAGCGUGUCCACUUUGAAGAAUGAGGACAUAAAAAUACGCCAGGACAGCGUCACCAGGCUGUUGACGGAUGUGCAGCUGAUGAAGGGGAAACAGGAGUGUAUGGACUCCAAGCUCCUGGCCAUGAAGCACGAGAACGAGGCCCUGUGGCGGGAGGUGGCCAGCCUGCGGCAGAAGCAUGCCCAGCAGCAAAAAGUUGUCAACAAGCUCAUUCAGUUCCUGAUCUCACUGGUGCAGUCGAACCGGAUCCUGGGGGUGAAGAGAAAGAUCCCUCUGAUGUUGAGUGACAGCACCUCAGCACACUCUGUGCCCAAGUAUGGUCGACAGUACUCCCUGGAGCAUGUCCAUGGUCCUGGCCCAUACUCAGCUCCAUCUCCAGCCUACAGCAGCUCUAGCCUUUACACCUCUGAUGCUGUCACCAGCUCUGGACCCAUAAUCUCCGAUAUCACUGAACUGGCUCCUACCAGCCCUUUGGCAUCCCCAGGCAGGAGCAUAGAUGAGAGGCCGCUGUCCAGCAGCACCCUGGUCCGCGUCAAGGAAGAGCCUCCCAGCCCACCUCGGAGCCCUCGGGUCCUGGAGGCAAGCCCUGGGCGCCCAUCCUCCAUGGAUACACCUUUAUCCCCAACUGCCUUCAUUGACUCCAUCCUUCGAGAGAGCGAGCCGACCCCUGCUGCCUCAAACACAGCCUCUAUGGAUACAACCGGAGCCCAUGCCCCUGCACCCCCAGCCCCCUCUAUUCCUGAGAAGUGCCUCAGCGUAGCCUGCCUAGACAAUUUGGCUCGCGCUCCACAGAUGUCUGGGGUCGCCCGCCUCUUCCCCUGCCCCUCCUCUUCCUUUCUGCAUGGCCGAGUCCAGCCAGGGAACGAGCUCAGUGAUCACUUGGAUGCCAUGGACUCCAACCUGGACAACCUGCAGACCAUGCUGACAAGCCACGGCUUCAGCGUGGACACCAGCGCCCUGCUGGACCUGUUCAGCCCCUCGGUGACCAUGCCCGACAUGAGCCUGCCUGACCUGGACAGCAGCCUGGCCAGCGUGCGUAGGCGGGCAGGGUGGGGGGCAGAGGGGGCCAUCAACAACCCUCAUUGUGUGUUCUCUGUCCCACAGAUUCAGGAUCUCCUAUCUCCCCAAGAGCCCCCCAAGCCUAUUGAGGCAGAGAACAGUAGUAACCCUGACUCAGGGAAGCAGCUGGUGCACUACACGGCUCAGCCCCUGUUCCUGCUGGACCCUGACGCCGUGGACACAGGGAACAGCGAACUGCCUGUGCUCUUUGAGCUAGGGGAAAGCUCCUACUUCUCCGAGGGGGAUGACUACACGGAUGACCCCACGAUCUCUCUUCUGACGGGCUCUGAACCCCCCAAAGCCAAAGACCCCACUGUCUCCUAGAGAUCCCAGGAGUGGUCAGGAUGGCUUGUGGCUGGCUCCCAACCUACCCCUAGGACAUGGAUGGUCCUGGGGAGACAAGACAGCCGGGCAGUCCAGGGCAUCCUAGGUCAAGCUACCACAACUGUAGUGGAGCAUAGAUGGGGUUUGGGCCUGGACAGUGCCUCAGGUCAAGAGAAAGGUCCUGAGGGCUGGAUACCUGCUGCCUUCACCCCAGCCCCAGGUCUGUUUUCUGUGUUGGAGCUUCCCAGCCACACUUGGACUGACUCUGCAGGUUGUUCAUAAAAUUGUAUUUUGGAUUUUUACAUGAGAGUCCCCUUUAACCCUUCACAAAUAAAUAAAUAAAUAUAUAUAUUAUACACAUAUACACACACACAGAGAUAUGAACAAUGAUAAACAGACAGGUUCUACUGUA